GGACUGGAGGAAGGAAGGAGGGAGGAGAGGACAGGAGGAGGUGGACGUGUCGGGCUGUCCUGAAGCACCGCGGACCUUAAUUAUCACCCUUUUGCCUUAUAUCCCCGCUGAAGAUGUCCGGCAGAGGAAAGUCAACUGGGAAGAAGAAGUCACGAUCUAACCGAGCUGGCUUGCAGUUCCCAGUGGGUAGAAUUCACAGGCUCCUACGGAAAGGAAACUAUGCAGAACGGAUUGGCACUGGAGCAUCUGUGUACCUGGCGGCUGUGCUGGAGUACCUGGCUGCUGAGGUCCUGGAGCUGGCAGGUAAUGCUGCGCGGGACAACAAGAAAUCGCGCAUAAUUCCUCGCCAUGUGCAGCUGGCCAUCCGCAAUGACGAGGAACUCAACAAACUUCUGAGUGACGUCACCAUAGCUCAGGGAGGCGUGCUUCCCAACAUACAGGCAGUCCUCCUCCCCCAGAAGGCAUCCACCAACCCAAAACAGACUAGCCAGUCCCAGGAAUACUGAGCCAACACUUGGAGGGAUGCCCACCAGAUCUUUGUCCUAUGCCUAAGUGAUGGCCACUAAGCUUUGUGCCUAUUAGUAUGAUAAGUUUAUCUUUUUAUAGCUGUUUAGAACUUCUUAUUUCAUUGUUACUGUUAGGAGGUCAUGCACUGAUAACUGUGAUAUGAAGCAGUCAGUGUGUGCUGAGUCAUGUUGCUAGUUCAUAAGAAGUAUUUCAUGUCAUUAUUAUAUUUACAUUAUUUUUUUUUUCCUAGUUUAAUCUUUAAACCAAAGCCAAGACUUUGUUUUCAUUCACCAUUUCUGGGAGUUAGGAUAUCAUGAAGGGUGUGAGAUCAUUUCACUUAUUUAUUAUUAAGUCUUUUUGUCCAUUCAGGGAAUACUUGCAAGCUUUUCUUCAGAAAACAAGACUUCCUGUUGUUUUAAUGCAGUGAAGUUGACAUGUUGAAAUGUUUGAAAAAUGUAUUUGAUUAAAUGUCAUGUGAAUGAAAA